AAAACUUUCUCAAUAAAUGAAGGACCAUGGGAGAAUUUUCGAGCCUUCUUUUGUUAACCAAUGCAAUGGAAAUUUGUGUAUCAAGAACAAUAAGGUUUUUUAUAGAUCCUUGUGCCAUAUAUGUGUUGUUUUUCAGAUGUUAAAAACACUAUGUGUCGGGGCAAGCCUUGGUUCUAUUUAUAUCUUCAAAAGUGGAGUUUUCAAGGUGAAUGCAGAAACACCACGGUACAUGGCGGAACCACUAACUGAUUCCAGUGUACUGAUCAAGGACUCAGGUCUGAUGAGGGUCAGGAUGGAGAAGUUUAUCAUGGGGCUCCAGGGUGAGUUCUGCAGAGCAAUCAAGGACCAGGAGGAAAAGGGGGAGUGGCAGGUUGAUAGGUGGACGCGAGAGGAGGGUGGAGGAGGUGUUACUUGUGUAAUACAGGAUGGGCAUAUUUUUGAGAAAGCUGGAGUUGGUGUUAGUGUUGUGCAUGGUCUAAUUCCUCCUUCUGCAGUUGCUCAGAUGAAUGCCAGAGGAAAGAAGUUGCCAGAAGGAGAAGAAAUGCCUUUCUUUGCCUGUGGUAUUAGCUCUGUUAUUCAUCCAAGAAAUCCAAAUGUCCCCACUCUUCACUUCAACUAUAGAUACUUUGAGGUUCAAGAGUCCAGUGGGAAAGUUAGGUGGUGGUUUGGAGGUGGUUGUGAUCUGACCCCCUACUAUCUAGAUGAAGAAGAUGGAAAAUACUUUCAUCAAACUCUCAAGACUGCCUGUGAUAAACACAACACAAAGUUUUACAGUAAGUUCAAGGCCUGGUGUGAUGAUUACUUCCGUAUUAAACACAGAAAUAUAUCCCGUGGUAUUGGUGGUAUUUUCUUUGAUGAUUUGGACUCUCCGACCCCUGAGAAAUGUUUUGGGUUUGUUAAAGAGUGCGGAAACGCAGUUAUUCCUUCUUACAUCCCCCUGGUGGAGAAAAACAAAAACAAAGGGUAUGGAUACGCUGAGCGUCAAUGGCAACUAAUCAGACGAGGACACUAUGCUGAAUUCAACCUUGUCUAUGACAGGGGAACAAAGUUUGGUUUGUACACCCCUGGAGCAAGAUAUGAGAGUAUUCUUAUGUCUCUUCCCUUGAACGCUAAAUGGGAGUACAUGCAUGUUCCAGAACAAGGCAGUAAAGAGGCCAAGCUGGUGGAAAUAUUGAAGAACCCUAAAGAGUGGGUGUAGGCUGAUAGUACAGUACAGUACAGUACAGUACAGUACAGUACAGUACAGUACAGUACAGUACAGUACAGUACAGUACAGUACAUUAAAAUGCAGUACAUUACACUACAUACUGGUUAUGAUUAGUACUGUUUGAUUGUACAUGCAACACCUCUGGGUGCACAUGAAUUAAUUGUUCUUUUUCUUGAAAGGGUGUCACAAAAUGUGUUUAUAAUCUUAGAAUUCACCCUCUUGAUAGGUGAAGAUAAGCGUUGGCUUUCAUUGUGAUGAAAUUAUAUAAUAGAAAAACUUACUUGUGAAAACUUGUUAACUUUUUUUCUAUAUUUAAACAGAAUCUGUGUCUAAAUUUCUAGAUGAAUUACUGUGAUGAAAGAUUGUAUUUUUAUUUUGUUGCUCAAUUAUUAUUUAUCCCAAAUAAAUAAUUUUGCUCACUAA